CCAGCAGACAUAAUGAUCGCGUUAGCGUAAGCUGCAGAGAUUUGGGCAAGUUACAAAAUGUUGAGGGUGCAAGGAGUGCCAAGAAGUUGAGUGAGUAUGGGUUUGCUAGUUAGCUAGUUUGUUGUUUGCUGUUUGAUUUCUCCGCAUUCACUUGCUUUUGCCCUUACGGGGACUACCAAAACAAUUUUCUGAAACAAUGUAUUGCCUGCCUUUUAAUCUUAAUAUGUGUAGGAUUCAAUAUCAGUUAUUGAUUAUCGAUAACCAAUUAGUCUGCUGUUAACUAAUCGGUUCUCUCUUUGGAAAGAGUAGCUGAGCCUCUGUGAGAUCGAACCUGUAUAAAUGAAGAUAUAAUACUGGCUCCUCCCCUAUCCUCCACCCCCUCGCUCCCAUCCAGAAUCCUCCCCGCGCGCCAUGGCCGCCAUCUUGGGGGCGUCGCCCAACGGCGAGCCGGGCAGCCCCUCGGACGACGAAGACCUCCCGCAGGCCUCGGCCUCCUCCUCCGUCUCCUCCUCCUCCCGGGGCCCGGCGCGGGGGCCCUCGCCGACGGGCUCCGAGGACGACGAGGUGCUGGUCAACGGCGCCCGUUGCUACGGCGACGACAGCGUGUGGCUCGUGGACGCCUGCGGUUUGCCGACGGGCGGCGAGGAGCCCGGGAGCCUGACCCUGGGCGGCCACACCCACCGGCAGGUGUCGCUCAACGACUACCUGGACGCCAUCGAGGCCCCCGGGGGGCCCUCGGAGCGGCCCUCGGAGCGGCCCAUGGCGGCGGCGGCGGCGGUGCCCAAGCUGCGCUCCAGCUUCCCCACGGACACGCGGCUCAACGCCAUGCUGCACAUCGACUCGGACGAAGACGACGACCCCUCGCCGCCCGACGGCAAACCGCAGCAAACGCCGACCCCCAGAGCGGCCCCGGCCGGCCUGGAACGAGAGGCGCAGGCGGGGAGCGAGAGGGCUCCAGAGGGCCCGGGUCAGGGGUCAACGCAGGCCGCCGCCCCCUCGAGCGGCGCUGCAGACCGGAGCGUGGCGGUGUCAGCGAGGGGUGGCGAAACCUCCGGUGCUAGAGCCAAAUCGGGCCCCCCGGCCCGGGCCGGAGUCGCCGCGGGGGGAGGGGAACAGGGUAGUGUGGGGGCGGGGCUUAGGACAGCAUCGGACACGAGGGUCGCCGUGCGUGUGGUGACCCCCGCCGAGCCUUCCCCCGCCGAGGCACGCGUCCCCGCCGCCGUUAUCGCGGCGACGCCCUUCUCGUCGUCCCGUACGCCGGCAGCGCAGGUGGGGGUGGUUGUUCCUCCUCCUCCUACGGAGGGACAGGGGCCGCCGUCGGAGCCCGGCCCCAGGGAGUGUGAGUGUGAGUGCCAGCACCAGAACAGGAGCGCCGCCAGCCUGGGGAUCCCGGGCCGCUCGGUGCUCACGGGCCUCCAGCUGUCGCCCAUUCAGGAGGUGGACACCAGACAGGAAGUGGCUCCCAAAGCGGAGGAGGAGAGGGUGGAGUCGUCGAGCAGUGAGGGCUUGGCCGCCAUGGCCGCCCCCACCAAUAACGGAUCAGCAGAACAAGGGGGCGGGGCUUGUGGAUCUAACGUAAUUGAAAUGGGAGCCAGAGGCGGACGAGGAGGAGGAGCUGAAGAGAGCAGCGAGCGGAGGCUAGAGGAGGGGGAGGAGAACGGGGAGGUCUGGAGGAGGAGGCUCACCACGGAGGCCUCCGGGGGCGGGGCCCAGAACCAGGAAGUGGGCGGGGCCACGGCGGUGACCCUGCAGGACGGGCAGGGGGAGGAGAGGGAUGCAGGCGCUACAGCUCAGCUCAACGGCCACCUGUCUGUUCCUCGCUCCCUGCCGUCCCUGCGUCACGACAUCAGCCGCUACCAGCGCGUGGACGAGCCCCUCCCACCCAACUGGGAGGCCCGCAUCGACAGCCAUGGCCGGGUGUUCUACGUGGACCACGUGAACCGGACCACCACCUGGCAGCGGCCCACCGCCCCCCCGCCCACACAGACCCUGCAGAGGUCCAACUCCAUCCAGCAGAUGGAGCAACUCAACCGCCGGUAUCAGAGCAUCCGCAGGACGAUAACCAAUGACGGCAGGCCAGACAAUCAGCCGGCCAAUGAGCUUCCAGCCGAUCAGACGGACGCACACCCUCCUAUCCCAGAAGCCCGUCGGGACGCGGCGGUCUCCCAGACCAGUCCCCGGUCUCGCCUCAGCCUGCUGCUCCAGUCUCCCAGCGCCAAGUUCCUCACCAGCCCCGACUUCUUCACCGUGCUGCACGCCAACCCUGGUGCGUACGGCCUGUUCACCUCCAACACGUGUCUGAAGCACAUGGUGAGCAAAGUGCGGCGCGACGCGCACCACUUUGAGCGCUACCAGCACAACCGCGACCUGGUGGCCUUCCUCAACCUGUUCGCCAACAAGACGCUGGAGCUGCCCCGCGGCUGGGAGAUGAAGCAGGACCACACCUCCAAGCCUUUCUUCGUGGACCACAACUGCCGGGCGACCACGUUCAUAGACCCCCGGCUGCCCCUCCAGAGCCCCCGGCCCUCCAGCCUGCUGGCCCACCGCCAGUACCUGACCCGCCAGCGCAGCCACAGCGCUGGGGAGGUCAGCCCCCACCGGCUGGCUUCAGAGGAGCAGCGUCACGGCGGGGCCCCUCCUGUCCUCCCCCGGCCCUCCAGCACCUUCAGCUCCAACAGCAGGGGCCAGAGCCAGGAGGUGGUACCGGUCGCGUACAACGAGAAGAUCGUGGCGUUCCUACGGCAACCCAACAUCUACGACAUCCUCCAGGAGAGACAGCCGGAGUUUGGCCGCAACCACGCCCUCAGGGAGAAGGUGCAGCUGAUCCGUGCGGAUGGCGCGCCGGGAUUGGCCAGGCUCUCGGGCGAUGCCGACCUCGUCAUCCUGCUGAGUUUGUUUGAAGAGGAAGUGAUGUCGUACAUCCCUCCGCACGCCCUGCUGCACCCCAGCUACUGCCAGUCACCGCGGGGGUCUCCCGUGUCCUCCCCUCAGAACUCCCCCGGAACCCAGAGGGCCAACGCGAGGGCCCCGGCCCCCUACAAGAGAGACUUUGAGGCCAAGCUGAGGAACUUCUUCAGGAAGCUGGAGACCAAGGGCUACGGCCAGGGGCCUGGGAAACUCAAGCUGAUCAUCCGGCGAGACCACCUCCUGGAAGACGCCUUCAACCAGAUCAUGUGUUACUCCCGCAAGGACCUGCAGCGCAGCAAGCUCUACGUCAGCUUCGUCGGGGAGGAGGGGCUUGACUACAGCGGCCCUUCCAGAGAGUUCUUCUUCCUGGUUUCCAGAGAGCUCUUCAACCCUUAUUAUGGGCUGUUUGAGUACUCGGCCAACGACACCUACACCGUGCAGAUCAGCCCAAUGUCGGCCUUUGUGGACAACCACCACGAGUGGUUCCGGUUCAGCGGUCGGAUCCUGGGUCUGGCUCUGAUCCACCAGUACCUGCUGGACGCCUUCUUCACCAGGCCCUUCUACAAAGGACUGCUGCGCAUCCCGUGCGAGCUGAGCGACCUGGAGUUCCUGGACGAGGAGUUCCACCAGUCUCUGCAGUGGAUGAAGGACAACGACAUCGAGGACAUGCUGGACCUCACCUUCACCGUCAACGAGGAGGUCUUCGGGCAGAUCACGGAGCGGGAGCUGAAGGUGGGCGGGGCCAACAUCGCCGUGACGGAGAAGAACAAGAAGGAGUACAUCGAGCGGACGGUGAAGUGGAGGAUCGAAAGGGGCGUGGUCCAGCAGACGGAGAGCCUGGUCCGCGGCUUCUACGAGGUGGUGGAUGCGCGGCUGGUGUCCGUGUUCGAUGCCCGUGAGCUGGAGCUGGUGAUCGCAGGGACGGCGGAGAUCGACCUGUCGGACUGGAGGAACAACACGGAGUACAGAGGAGGUUACCACGACAACCACAUCGUGAUCCGCUGGUUCUGGGCGGCGGUUGAGAGGUUCAACAACGAGCAGCGACUGAGGCUGCUGCAGUUUGUGACGGGUACGUCCAGUAUCCCGUACGAGGGCUUUGCGUCUCUGCGCGGCAGCAACGGACCGCGCAGGUUCUGUGUGGAGAAGUGGGGGAAGGUCACCUCCCUGCCCAGGGCUCAUACUUGCUUCAACAGACUGGACCUGCCUCCAUACCCGUCUUUCUCCAUGUUGUACGAGAAGAUGCUCACAGCUGUGGAGGAGACCAGCACCUUUGGACUCGAGUAAGGCCAGCCGUGCUAUCUCUAACCGCGUUUUCGUGUGGAUCAAAAAUGAGGAAUACCGGUCCCAGCCACCAGAUGGCGCCAGAAUACAGGAGUCGUGGAUGGGUUUGAUAUGAGGGAAAUUCCACAUUCAAACAGCCCAUUAUUUUUCACGUGACCUUUUGAACCAGGAAGUACAGACGGAAUAAGGAUGUGAGCCUAUCACUGACCUUUAUUUUUAAGGCUUAUUGGUCCGAAGAACUAUGUGACUAGAUGGGAUUUAAGUUUUUAUUUUGUUUUUGAGAUCCGUACAGACCCUGCCACUUUACCGCAGUGCAGAUGCAUGUGUGCGUGUACGUGAUGAAACCCUCCUUCUCGAUAUUUAUUGCUGAGCGAUGAAGACAUAGAAGCUUUUGGUUUUCAACCAUGGACUCAAUCAUGACAUAGGAUUAGGAGAUACUUUUUACAGUUCCUGCAAUGCUAGGAAGGGAGAGAACACUGCUUUUAAGUCUCCCGAAGGCUAUCAAAGAGAUGAACAGACCUCACCUUCACCUUAAAACACAAUGACAAUGUCCUGUUUUUCUUUUUUCUUUUAUUACUUUAUUUGAGUUUUUUUGUUCAAAAAAAGUUUACCAUAGCGAAAGGAGUAGGUGAAUUCACUGAAGAUCCCACACGAUGAAGCUGCAAUUCACAUUCAGGAACUUUCUCAGGCCUAAUGUUGCUACUUUCGCCUCAAAACAGCCUAUUCGGGGACUAUUUGAAGGUCAGUCGUUUUGGCGCUCCUAUGUGGUCCAGCAGGGUAAAUGUACCCAUGUGGAUCCACAGUAGCACUUCUCAAAAGUCAAUCCUUCAGACCAUCAGAAUGAAGACUGAAAUGGGGGUAUUUGGGGCGUAUAGACAAAAAGCUUUAGUGUUGUAAUAACAGUAUUUUCAGCUUUUUACAAAUAGUGGAUUUUCUAUUAAUCCUGGUGGUGAUAUGUUGUAUAACGAAUGUAACUGACUUUGAUGACGUAAACUAUGAGUGGUGUGCGUUUUCCCUUUUCAUGAUCUGAACCGGACUAAUUGUUAAUUAAAAUCCUCCGUUGCUAGGUUGUUUCCCACUUUUCGUACAAGUAAAUUUUUGUACAAAUCGUACUAAAUAGAGUCCUUAUUAAUUUGACCGCAAAGUAAAGUAGUUAUUUUCUCAGGCUGCACGCAAAAUGCUUAUUCUCAGCCUGGUCUUUUAUGUAUGUUAAAUAUAUAUAUAUAUUUGUUAAAUAUAUGUUAUAUAUAUAUAUAUAUAUAUAUAUAUAUAUAUAUAUAUAUAUAUAUGUUAAAUAUAUAUAUAUAUAUUUCUCUAACUUAUACAUUUUAACAAACCUUGAUAAAGUUGACAUUAUUGAUCCAUUAAGUGGAUUAAAACUGCCAUUUUGACACGGUCAUGUGUUUACAAAAUGCGGGUCUUUUUUAAGAUGCCGUCACAGAGUUUUUUGUUCAAACCUUGCUUCGCUUUUUUAAAUUAAUCUCAUGACGCCCUCAGCUGAGAAUAUUGGGAAGGUUCUGUAAUUUUCUGAAAAGAUUUUUAUUUAUCGUCAUUCACCAACUCUUUUCACCCCUAAAUUCAGGCCUAUAGCAUGAUUCUUCAUUGACCGAUACUUGUGAUAUUACCAACCAGUUGUAUUUGUCAAGAGCACCUAAACAACAGACACGUUGGUUACACAAGGAAUCACAUCUUCCCACAAAGAUUGGAAAAUAUUUUGAUAGUUAGGCUAUAUAGUCUUUUUGAAGUUUUUCCGCCUUUUGAGAUGACCUAAUGUUGUAGCAUUUUUGUUAACGUAACUUAUUUUCAAUAACUUAACGACAAAAUAAAAUAAUCAUAACCAAGAAGCCAAGCCUGAUAAAAGGCCAGCAUGAAUUAUAUCCAUUGGUGACAUCACAAAUGGGGGUUCCCACUCUCACUCCUCCAUGUCACCCAGUGGCCCUUUAAGGGCAAUUGCCAAUAUUAAUAUUGAUUAUUAUUAGUAGUAGGAUCUACAUGGCCUACAAGUGGCCCUCUUCACUGGCCUUCCCUUUGCACUAUGAAUGUAAGCAAGCCUUUUUGUGAAGUCACUGCCACACAGAACACUAGCCUGGGUUGUAACGAUGACAGCACCUGCCUUUCUGCUGUAACCUUUUCUACACACCAAUAGGCUUAAUUCUCACUCGCUGGAUGGGGAUGGAUGCCCCCCCCCCCCAGCCCAGCUAGCAUUUAGAACUAAGAUAGCCGCUAGGUGGAUAAUGCCCAUGAUCACCAAUAUUGACAUGAACUUAAUCUUAAAGACACCAUUGGGUAAAAAAAUUAACUUUGGUCAUAUUAAAAAGAGAAACAUUUUGAAGUGAAUAUAAUUGUAACAAAACUGCAUUUAGAAAGAAAACACUUUGGUAAUAAUGUUUUUUAAAAAUGUUUUUUAUUUUAAAAUGCUAAAUUUCAGAUGCUAACUGAUUUUGAAGCGAGUCUCGGAGCUGCUUAAUGUUCCAGGUUUACAAUAAAAGUGACCAGCUUUUCUGCCUCUCACAUUUCACACAGAAACCUAAAUCUUUUCCUUCCAGUGACGGAUCACAUACUGUUUGUGUGGUGAAUGUACCAGGAGGUUUCAGGGCCUUAAGCAAGUUGUGGCUUUACCUGUUUGUCGCCCUAUUGUCUCGAGUCCUUCUUUGAUUUGUGAACAUAACUGCCUCAAACUCAACCUCCAAAAUACUCCUGUCUGUACCAUCACUGUCGUGCUCUGUUCCACGGUCAACUGUCAUUAAAGAUGACGUGAAAUUCAAUUAAAUUAAAAUGUUCUAUUCUUAUUCCCAGUCAUACAUUUCAACAGGUCUACAAAUUACUUUUUUGAUUAGAUGUUGUACAAAAUAAAGAUGUCUUACUCAAGAGAUUUUAAUCUUGGUUAACUGUUUAGUUAGGGCCUAGCAUUUUUAGUGAUAGAAUCACAACCUGUUUAGCAUGACCGCUCUACCAUGUUUUGCAACUUUUGUCACGAUCAAACACUGAGGACCAAAGUCCAUUCCCACUAUACGUUUUAUUGCCACACUGUCAUAUUUGGACAUAAUAUCAGAACAAGAUUUUCUUCUUUUAAAUGUCUUUAAAAGCAGAAGUUGAGCUCCUUUCUCUGCAAACAUUGGUUAUUUUUUUCUUGGCACUUGUGCUCUGGGGUUUGGUCUAGCACAAAUGCCAUGUAAAUAUUUCAAAAGAAUAUGUAGGUUUUGGGGACAAGUGUUUGACUGUAGAAUUCCACUCUAUGCAAAACUUCACUAUAAUUUCAUCUCUAUGUCACUCACUGAUUGUAAAGAGAUAAACGGAAAGAUAAUAAAUGGAUACAAAAAUAUAAAGAGUCAUGUCACUAUGUAACUUUGCUAAUACUGAUUUGUAUGUGAUUAGGGUUGUUAUGUGAAAUAUAAUUGCAUGUAUAACCUCUGACUAUUGAUCCUUAUCCCUGUUUAAGUGGUGCGGUUAAAGGCAGUGUUGGCUUACCCUCUGGAGACCAGGGUCCAAUUCCUUCUGGUGUUUGUUUCCAUUGAACCAUAUUAAAGAGCCCAUGCCAUUAAAACCACAUUAUCCUAUUGUUUGUUAAAUAACAUAGGUCUGAAUAAGUUUGUGAGCGGUGGUAAGUUUGAAAUCUAUGCAGUUUGUCUGCUGAAUGCAACAGGCAAUGAAAGGAAAAAGGCAGAAGAAAUGAGCCGAUCUGGAUAAGGUGACACUGUGACGUAGCGUUGUCAAAUUAUUAUUCAUGGCCCUGCCCACUUGGUUGGUUCGUAACCACCCACAAGAAUUCUGAAGGAGUCGUGAUUGAGCCAGUGCUAAAUGCUAAUACGUGUACGGUAGUUGUUUAGUUCUUAGUAACAGGCUAGUUACAGAAUUUUGAAACAGUGUUUUUUU